UAAUAGUACGCGGUUGCCAAGGAAAUGAGAGCAGCGCUAGAAAGCAGGUUACGAGCGCUGAGUAAUGUACAAUGUGUUCUAAACGUACGAUAGUGUUGGUGGAUACAAUGCUGAGCUACGACAUGGUAGACGCUGGUUAACAUUAAAUCAGCAACAUCGGAAUUAUUGGAUAAAGACUAAAUCAACAAUUUAUGCAGAGCGAAAAUAGGUACCAUUCAUUAAAUGGAUCUUAUCUGAAGCAGCAUUUGCAAAAUACAUAAUUAUUUUAUGUGGUACAAUAUAUCUGUUGGAAUUACACGAGGACAUUGACUUAUCAUCACGUAACUUCUUCGUCACUUGAUCUGCUGGCAUGUUGCAGGGCAAGUACAGCAGAGGUAAAGUGGUCGCUCACCGGAGAGAUAUCAACUGUCUGCCCGGCCUCCAGCAUUUGCUCCUCAGCUGCAACAACAUCACAAGUUUGGACGACAUUGCUUGUUUGGCCGAUUCCUCACCACUCUCUGAAGUUACUCUGGAUGGAACUCCCCUUGUCAUAGAGUCAUGUUACAAGCAGAAUAUCCCUCGUUAUAUGGUGCAAUUACGACAGUUGGAUAUGAAGAAAAUAACAGAGGAAGAAAGGCGUACAACAUCAGCACUUGCAAGAAAAGAGGAAGAGAAAAAAAGGGAGAGUCAUAAGCAGGCAAUUCAAAAGGAGAAAAGAAAGUUAGCAAUCAAAAAUGCAGCUCAGCUAUGGGAUUCUCAUUUGCAGAAGUCUGACUCUGCCAGUAGGGUCUGUCUAGUGAUCCCAGUACAGAAUGAAAGUAAAGAGGAGAUCAACUUUGAAGAUGGCUCUGAACAGAACAAAAGGUUGGAACAUGAGCCAGAUGAGCUCAGGCCCCUUGAACCUGAAGGAGGAACUGGAGCACAGUGCCUGUCUGUCUCGGAUUCACACCUAGCAGAACUUGAUGGUAAUACUUUGCGACUUUUUGGUACUGGUGCUCUAGAUGCUUUGGAAAGAGGCUGGGGACUGCACACUGCCUCCGUUGUGAGCACUAUCUCCUUUUACUACAUUGACUAUGAACUCAUUGCAGCAAUUUUGUCCAGGAUACGCAUCAAAUUCCCUAAUGUUGUGCAUUUGGUCUUCUCUGACUCUAACAUUUAUCAGCUACAUCAGUUGGCUGCCCUGGCUCAUGUCCGCAGACUCGAUCAUCUGACUAUCCAUCCCCAAGGAAAUCCAGUGGUCAGGUUAACACUUUGGAAGUCCUAUGUCCUUUUUAGACUGAGCCACCUCAAACUGCAGAGGAUUAAUGAUCAAGAGGUUACACUAAAUGAUUUAGUGAUGGCUGAGAAGCUGUUUGGAACUUUGGCUAACAUUGCAGAAACCGAAACAUCUCAUCAUCGCCUACUGCUGCUGCUUGGGGAAUCCAGCAGAAAGCGUCAACUGCAGUUCUUUCUGGAAGGCCGGGGUCGAACAGGACUGAGUCCAGAAAGCAUCCGUGAAAAUGGAAAGUUGCCUGGGGAAGGCCUUGGCCGGGCAUUACUCACCUACCCAAGUAGAGAUGCUGCCAAAAAUGAGGAGAAUGCUCACGCUCAGCUAAGCCAUCAUUAUGUGAAAAUGCUACUGCAGGAGGCGGUGGCUGUCAACCAGAAAAUGGACACGCUGCACAAGCAAUGGCCCUUAUUGUUCAUGGAACUGGUCCGGGACAGUGUGAUGGAAAUGAGGGACAAGUCGGCUUUCAGAAGAGUCUGUCUUCAAAGAAUUGCUGAGACCAAAUAAGGAACAUUCAAAUUCAUUCCUUUAUAUUUUUUCUUGAGCCAUUAAAAAUGUAAUGCAAAUGUGCCACCUUUUAUAAAACUUCAUCAUCUUGAAACCCGUUUGCACGCUGCUACACCAGCUGGCUGUAGAUCACCCUGCACAACUCCUCAGCAAGAAAUGCAAAUAAAUGUCAAGGACUGCAUUACGUGAGCCUUCUACUUACAAGGAUUUUGUCUUCUGUAACCACAUCUGACAUUGAAUUUGUUGUGACACGAGUAUAGCGUGUCUUCCGUUUCAGAGAUCUGAUACCAAGUAGCAAUCCGGAGUGUUGUUAUUAAAUAUUAAUUCUGAGAAGAAAGGGUUUUGUGCAGCGAAAUAGGUUCAAAUAUCGCUGGAAAAAAGGAUGUUAGUGUAUGAUAUGUUACAGUGCCUUGCCAACGUAGAAUGAUCCUAGUUAUUUCCAAGUUUACUUUGCAAAACAACUUUUAGUCAACAUGCUGUUUGGUUUUAAAAAUGUUGGAGAUUUUUGUUUUGCUUUGAAAUGCUUGUUAAUCUAUUUAUCCAGAGCCCUGCAGAAAAUUAGCCGUUACUCACUGAAACCACGUAACCUGACACUCUGUGAGUGUCACCAGCAGCAGGUUUGGGGGUCAUGACCUCCCAAAGUCGAAGUGAUGCACUUGAUCACCCAGUUUGUUUCUUAGAUGACGUGACCCUGAUGUAUUCUUGGUGUUUUCACUGUGGUUGCUGGGGUAUACACUGGGAAAGUUAACCCAAUGGUACCUUCCUCCAUGUGCUUGUAAACGUGUCCUGCAAUAGAUGGAUAAAGCUGAUGUUGCAUCGCGCAACUUCUAGUUGUUGGGUAUGUCAGACUUGCCUACUGACGUUGCUGAGCUUUGUCUGGGAUCGCUGGCCAUGUCGCAUCUAGUCUGUGUGAUGACCUUCCUGCAAAGCGCAGCUCCUUUUUGUGACAGCCAAUAAAUGACAGUACCAGUGUUGUACAAAAA